GAACUACAACUUGACUUCACUUCUGUUCAUCCCCAGACUUGAUUCAAAAACCAAAGCAGCGCUCUAGUAUAGAAGUAGUACUAACUGCACACCAGGAGGACUUCUACUUACACACGGACCGCCAUGCUUGAGCUGAUUCUGGGUAGCGGCGGCGACGUCAGCUCCCCACAAGCAUCCUCGAGUUCCUCUUCUUGGGGCGGAUGGACGAGCAGCAGCGACGCAGCUGCUGAAACCACGGGUGUCAUAGCAGCUGCUUCCUCCAUCACCGCCACCACCUCCGCCGCUUCCGAUUUCCUCUACUACGUGAGUUCCAAUUUGCCCAAAGCCUCGUCGUCCAACAGCUUCCUCGAGCACUCACACUCUGUCGGCACCAAAGCCGAAUCAGCGAGGAAAUGCGAGUGCACGACGAAUCUGUCUUUAACGAUUCUCUUCUGCACCACCACGAUUUUGCUGCUCAUCAUCGCGUUCGCCUACAUGCUGCAAAAGCUCGAACCGAAACGACAGUUGCUCGCGACGCCGGCAACGACUUCAGUGUCCACCCCGAAGAGUGGUCAACAAUCCGCAGGAGGUGGGACAAAAAGCUUAUCAAAUGUAAAAAUGUCUGGGUCUGGAAUGUUGCCGGGUUUGUCAUGCAUAUUUUGCAUGACCCAGGAACAGGAUGUCUGUAAUGCACGACCUAGCAUCACAGAUCUUUAGAAGGCCUCCUGAUGCCUACUAAGCAUGACAAAUGCCCUCCCAGCGUAGCACAAACUAGACUCCUCUUGCUGGUCAUGCAAUACAGAUUUUUUUAGAGUCCAAAGUUAGCAUCACAAGUUCCAACCUUCCAGACCCAGACAUUUUUGCACUUCAUAAAGCUCGAAAGCGAACAAAACGACGAUGAUCGCGGGUUCAACGGCGAAUUUUUCCGUAGCUGCUGUAUGAAUUGCAAAGGCAUCGCACUCGUAUAUAUAAAUGCAUUACAAAUUUCCUCAGGAGCGUGAGAAAUAAAAUUUGUAAUGCAGAUUUGCCUUGGGAACAAGAUUUGUAAUGCAAGAUUUGCAUUUAAUAUACGAGUGCGAUACUUUUGCACAGGAUAUGCAGGGGACAGCGACGAAACCGGAGCCGCGGGUCCGACGUUGAAGAAGAAGCAAUCGACGGUGCAUUUCGGAAACACGUACUUGCACAACUUUUUCUCGAGCACCGGGAGCGCGAUGGGCAGUUCUUUCCAAAUUGGCUCCGAAUCCAUUCCGUCCGACCCGAACCCGAUGAAAUCCGUACCCAAUUACGCCCUGCAACUGGACAGUCACGGAGAGCCACUGCUGUACGACGCCGGUUUCGAAAAGUUCGCGGAAAACAUGAUGAAAGACCGAAAGCACAACAUCCCAACCGACUACGCAUCGCAAAUGCCCGCCACCGCUGGACCGCACUCCACGCCGGUCUACUCAACGAUGCCCGUUUCUGACGUUCGUAACAGUGUCGUCGAGAAAGCACGGCAAGAACUCGGGUCGAUGGAUCAACAACUGAUUUCGUUUGGAGGACCGCCAGCCUGAGGAGAUCUUCAGGGGAAAGCGAAAGGAACUGCACGAGGACAAACUUUGUUACGCAGUGGUAUUGAUUUACUUUCUCGUGGUCGUGAAGGGAGAUGGAACAAAAGCACGGCUCCGUAUAGCUUUAAGCUAGAACAUUUGUAGAUGUAGUUUCCAGCACGACCACAAGAAGUCAGCUUGCUUUUAUUUCGUUUCAAUUGUUCUACAGCACACUUAUUACAUAUUUACUUUUACAUGAUCAUGUACGCAUCAAAUUUUAUUGUCUCGUCUCUCUAUUGAAGCGAAGCCAGCGGAAGACAACAUUAAUACGCGACUACUGGAUGUGGUUCUCGUUGCCUGUACUUAUGCACCGGCCACAUGAUAGGUAGGGAAGAAGAUGAUGCACUACACGCUUUGCUGGGAGUAAGCACUGCAAGUACUUAUCUGCUUUCUCGAGUUUCUAUUAUGCUUUUCAUGUAUGUAGUUUGAAUCGUUUUCAUAUCAUCAAAGUUUUAGUUUUCCGGAAAGUGUGUCAAACAAUCUCAAUAUCAACCUCGACUAAUUCUCUCAUACACUACUUACUUAUCGGCACGGCUACGGGGGAAGCUCAACGCUCAGGCUCACUCCGUAUACAGAGGAGGCAGGUCUGGACUUCCGCGGCGUUUUUUCUGUUUUGUUUCUUGCUGGUUCUAGGUAGUAGUUCUUGAUGAUUACGGCUCAUCAGAAAGGACGGUAAUUCGGCCCUUCUGCUCUCGGUCUUGGUCGUGCAAAAGUACAUCUCCACAUGAUAGCCCCAUGGAUGGCGAAUAAUAAUUUCGGUUCCAGUCGUGCAUUAAGUGGUGCUUCGAACACCAAAUGCUAAACCGUGUGAGUUUAUUUUUUCGUACUCUACGUCAUCUAUCACAACAUUUGAAUCGGUUGAGAGAAAUCUUUGAACUUCAGAGUUCUUCGGUUUUUUGCGUUGCCCUUCCUGCAUCCGCAUCUCGGUGGAGCAGUGGACUCUACUUCUCGGUGCCGUACGUUGAUAUGGCUGCCCAGCAGCUUUAUCAACAUCGUUUUUGAAAAAAAUCGCCGUGUCCCGGUUGCUGUCGGUGGUUCGUGCUGCAAG